CGCAGCCUUAGCAGGGGUGGCUGAGAGUUGAGGCCCAGCCCGCCUUCCCCGCCUCCCCUCCUUUCCCCCAGGUAUAUGAGCUGAGCCCAGGUGAGCUGGCUCCUCCCGUCCAGUCUCAGCGGCUGCCAGCAGGCAGAUCAUGAGCCAUCAGUUCUUCUGGGGCAGGCUGUAGGACGACGAAAUUUUCACCACAGGGCCAAGCACUGGGCACCAUGGGACAGUGUCGGUCUGCCAAUGCUGAGGAUGCCCAGGAAUUCAGUGAUGUGGAGAGGGCCAUUGAGACACUCAUCAAGAACUUCCACCAGUACUCGGUAGAGGGUGGAAAGGUGACACUGACCCCGUCUGAGCUCCAGGACUUGGUCACUCAGCAGCUGCCCCACCUCAUGCCGAGCAAUUGUGGGUUGGAGGAGAAAAUUGCCAACCUGGGCAACUGUAACGACUCUAAGCUGGAGUUCGGGAGCUUCUGGGAGCUGAUUGGAGAAGCAGCCAAGAGCGUGAAGCUGGACAGUCCUGUUCCAGGGAGCUGAAGAUCCCUCCUGGAAUUCACGGGGGGGGGGGGGGAUGUUGGGGAGAGGGCAUCUUAGAGACUGUGGGCUUGGAAAUAAAAUUUCUCUCCAGGGGCUAUACCUGCCCCACAUUCCCCAGCUUGCACCUCCUUGUCCUGCUCCUCCCUUGUGCUCCCCCUGGGCUUGUGCACUGUCCUAGGAGCUUCAAGGAGCUCAUGGGUCUAGGAUCCCCCACAGUGAAGGAAGCUCAGGGGAGGUUGGAGCCUGGGAGGGCAUAGAGGGAUAAGGGUGGUGUAAGGGCCAAAUGAUUUGGUAGUAGGGAAAGGGCAGAGAGGAGCUGGGUUGUGGGAAAUGACUAGGAGAAUGGGGUGGGGUGUGGCUGGACAUUGGUACUGAAAGGGUGUCUGAGAACCUACCCUUUUUCUCUCCUCUCCAAGCUAAACUGUAACUGUCUGUCUGGUACUAUCCCUUCCUACACCCAGCCCUGCUCUCGCCUCUAUCCCUGGGCUAGGGAGGACAGAAGGGGAACAGGCUCAGAGAAGAGGCCGAUGAAGGCACAACUUUGGGGUGCUUGGACAGUCACAGAAUGGUAAUUGUUUUGUAAAAUUUGAUUAAUAAAAAAAU